AUGCCGAUCUCGUUACUACCCGCUUCGGCUGCGGCCUUUGCGCCCCGUUCCAACGUCAACGUUGUUUUGGCCUCAAAAGCCGAGCCAUGGUUAACACAAACCUUGAAGAGAGUCAACCGGGUCAAGCAGCCGUUGAACAGUGUACAACAACACACGCGCUGCCUGACCGAGACACUAUCCGGCCCAAAUGCCAUCUGGUCGCUUUGCUCCAUCAUGGUACCAAAGGCUCCCGACUCGGAACUGCGCAAGAACUCGAACCCGCUCGUCCAGUCUCGGUUGAACUACCAAACCAUCCACAUCGAGGCCUAUGUCGUACACGUCGACAUGGUUUCACAACAUGAGGUUGNAUUCAAGCUUACACAGGAGACCAUCGAUGCGCUUAUUGAGUACCACAAGGACAUCUACUCGGUUGAUGUCUCCGCCAGCACCUGGGA